AUGGACAAUAAUCUCAUCGACCUUACGGAGCCAUCUCGCGAGGUGGCGGCGCCGCUGCCCCAAGAGAUACUAUUGAUCGUUUAUGUGCACGGCUUCAAGGGCACGGACACCACAUUUGGGAGCUUCCCGUCCCGGCUUACGCACGUACUGAGUGAAACGAUCGACAACGUUCGGGUAGAAUCUAUCAUAUUUCCCGCAUAUGAGACGAAAGGCGAACUGGAUAAAGCUGUCGAACGUUUCGCGGAUUGGUUAACGACAUUGACGGUUGAGCGUGAGGUUCAGCAUGGGGCUGGAGGAGGUGCAGGAAAGGCCAAGCUGGUCUUGUGUGGGCACAGUAUGGGUGGCCUCCUCGUCGCAGAUACCCUCCGCGCGAUUAUUCAACACAGAGUCGAUCCGUCCGCCCCUGUAUGGCCGCAUAUCAUCGCGAUCCUGGCAUUUGAUACUCCUUACCUCGGGUUACAUCCGCAUGUCUUCAAGAACUCUGCGACCAAGGCUUUCGGGACCAUCGCCAAUGUCGGCAAGGCUGCUACAGACAUAUGGAGCGCAAUUAGUGACUACAGCAAGUCCACCGCCACCGCCACUUCGAAGCCGCCUGCAGGACUACUCACAGCGCCGGAACCGGUCGCGGCAUCUGAAGCUGGUGGUUGGGCGAAGUGGGCACCGGUCGCGUACGCGGUAGGAGGUACCCUCCUCGCCGGAGCGGCGGCUGGAACUGCCUACUACCGACGAAACGACAUUUCCGUCAGCUAUAAUUAUCUGCAGGAUCACAUGAAGUACGUUGGUCAUCUAUGGGAGGAGAAAGCUAUGGAGGAACGACUGGAGGCCAUACUAAAGGCCGAGGAUCAACAUAGCGUUAUCUUCAGGAACUUUUAUACACUCAUCCCGCCGGAUAUAUCCACAACUGUCACUGCACGCACGUUCUGCGUACUGCCCAAGGCCGCCGCCGCCGCGAACCACUUCGUCCCAGCACGCAACACGCUCGCGGAGGAUGAGAUUCAUGCUCAUACCGGGAUGUUUGAGCCUUCGACCAACGAUGGGUACUAUCAGCUCGGAUUGGCCGUCGCGGGGUUCAUCCGAGAGGCUCUGAUGCGCACACGCGGUCGGUUCGAGAGCAAAGAAGCAAAUGCCGAGAAGAUUGCAGAACAGGGACAAGAGUUUGCCGUAGACGAGUCUGGCGUUCAUCAGGGUGGCGCAGAUGGUGGGACGGCGACGUCGCAGGGCACGGCAGAUGCAGGACCUUCGUCUAGCUCCCCUGCGGCGCCGGUGGAGGAGAACCCCUGGGCAUAG